AGACAAAGGAGGGGAGCACAGAUACGUUUAGUGUUUACUUCGAUUUGCGUCCUUGGAAAUGGGAGACAGCGAUGAUGAAUACGAUCGCAGGAGAAGGGACAAAUUCAGACGGGAGAGAAGUGAUUAUGAUCGUUCAAGAGAAAGAGAGGAUCGACGCAGAGAUGACUGGAACGACAGGGAGUGGGACAGGGGCAGGGAGCGUCGGAGCCGUGGUGAAUACCGAGAUUAUGACCGUGGUCGCAGGGAGAGAUUCAGUCCGCCCAGACAUGACAUAAGCCCACAGCAGAAACGCAUGAGAAGAGACUGGGAUGAUCACGGAGAUCCUUACCGCGGAGGAUAUGACUUGGGUUACGGUGGUGGAGGAGGUCCAAGCUAUGGGCCACCACAACACUGGGGCCAUCCUGACCUGCACCUUAUGCAGCCUCAUCAGGGCAUCCCCAUCCAGGCAAGACUUGGGAACAUCCAUGACAUGGACCUGGGUCCACCUCUUCCAAUAAUGAAGAGCUUUAAAGAGUUCCUGCUGUCCCUGGAUGACUCUGUGGAUGAGACUGAAGCUGUCAAACGCUACAAUGAGUAUAAGAUCGACUUCCGUCGGCAACAGAUGCAAGACUUCUUUUUGGCUCAUAAAGAUGAGGAGUGGUUCAGAUCCAAAUACCACCCGGAUGAGGCCAGCCGACUUAAGGCAGAGGCUCAGAGUGCUCUCUGCAAUCGCCUGAACGUCUUUAUGUUCCUGAUGGAGAACGGCUGGUUUGAUAAUGUUUCCCUGGAUAUUGAGCAGACUCCUGCUAUCAUCAAGGUGUUUGAUGCAGCUGUGAUAAAGAUGGAAGGAGGGACGGAUCAUGAUCUUCGCAUUUUGGACAUGCCACCAGAAGAGGAAGAAGAAAGAGAGAAGUCCAUCUCUGCUUCAGGUGGAGGGGAACUUCAAAGGAGGGAAGACCUGAAAACAGUGGACAGAGAGCGCAAGCCCUCAGGGGAGAAAGACAAAGCUGAAAAGGGGGAGGGUGACUCUGCCAACAUAAACCGAGAGGCCACAUCAGAUGGACAGGAUGUGAAGGAGGACGGAGAGAAAGAAGCUGUCAGGGAAGAGAUGCCUGAACCUAAGAAGGCAAGAAGAAAGAGGAAGCGUAGUGGGGACAGCGAUGAUGAAGCAAGCGCCUCAGAGAGUGAGUCUGACUCAGACUCAGACUCGAACUCCGACUGCUCUGACAAACCUGAGAAGACGGGAAAAGUACAAGACAAGGAUGACGAAGGAGAGGAGGGAGAAGAAGAUAAACCAAAGGAGAACUCAGAAGAAGAGAGGAAGGAAGAGAAGAAAUCAAAAGAUGACUCCCCCAGACCCCGACCGCUGCAUAAGACCUUUUCCCUGUUCAUGAGGAACAUUGCUCCUACCAUUUCCAAGGCUGAGAUUGUUGCUCUGUGUCGGCGAUACCCUGGGUUUCUGCGUGUUUGCUUGUCUGACCCUCAUCCAGAGCGCAGAUUUUUCAGACGUUGCUGGGUAACGUUUGAUCGCAGCGUCAACAUCAAGGAAAUCUGUUGGAACCUCCAGAAUAUACGCCUCAGAGACUGUGAACUGGCGCCAGGGGUGAACAGGGACCUGGCUCGGAGGGUGCGUAAUGUUAAUGGCAUCACUCAGCACAAGCAGGUGCUCCGCAAUGACAUCAAGCUGGCUGCCAAGCUCAUUCAUGCCUUGGAUGAAAAAGGCGACCUUUGGAACAGCAGGACUCAGGGGGAGGGUCAAAACGCAGAGCUGCCGGCGCAGAACCCGAUCUUAAGCAAUAUCACUGAUUACCUGAUUGAGGAGGUGAGCGCUGAGGAAGAGGAGCUCCUGGGGUCUGGCAGUGGUAUGGAUCCAGAGGAGAGCGCUAAGGAGGGAAAUCCUGCUGAGAUAACUGUGGAGAAGGAUGAUAAACUAGCCAAGGUUUUGGACCGCUUGCUCUUGUAUCUGCGCAUUGUGCAUUCAGUGGAUUACUACAACACCUGUGAAUACCCCAGUGAGGAUGAAAUGCCUAAUCGCUGUGGCAUGAUCCAUGUUCGUGGCCCAAUUCCUCCCAACCGCAUAACACAUGGAGAAGUGCAACAGUGGGAAAGAGUGACGGAGGAAAAGUUGGUGCCUUUAUUUAAUUUAAAGGAAGUCCUCUCUGAGGAAGAGGCAGUGAAGAUGGGUCGCAAGGAUCCUGAUGAAGAGGUGGAGAAGUUUAUAUCUGCAAACACUCAGGAGCUGGGGAAGGACAAAUGGCUCUGCCCUCUUAGUGGCAAGAAAUUCAAGGGUCCGGAGUUUGUACGGAAGCACAUCCUGAACAAACAUGGGGAGAAAAUUGAAGAAGUGAAAAAGGAGGUCGUGUUUUUCAACAAUUUUCUCAUGGAUGCUAAAAGACCAUCGCUGCCAGAAAUGAAACUUCCUCCUCUUCCUGGCCCUGGGCAAGGUUUGCUUUCUCCCACUCUGCCAUUUCCUCCUCAAGGCCCUCAGGGUCCAAUGAGCUUUGGUCAGCCUCGUCCACCUCUGAUGGGCUUCGGUGGUGGGCCCCCUUACCCUCAUAAUCAGUUUGGAGGAGGCAGAGGAAACUAUGACAACUUCCGUGGACAAGGUGGCUACCUGGGUAAGCCACGAAACAUCAGAAUGUCCCGGGGAGAUCCUCGGAAUAUAAUUGAGUAUCGUGACCUGGACGCACCAGAUGAUAUGGACUUCUUUUAGAAGGUUUACUGUCUGUUUUUGUCUUGGCUUGUCUUUACUUGUCUCGUGUUCUCCCUGGUUUUUGUAGUAAUUACAGUAUUUGCUUACGUCAAAAUUUCAUUUUGUAAUCAUUGUGCAACUCUAUUAAAGGCUUCUGUAACUGCUGUAAAUGGAUCAUCAAUAAAGUUGUGAGUAAAAUA